AUGUCGGUUACAUUACACACUGAUGUGGGAGACAUUAAAAUUGAAUUAUUUUGCGAACAGUGUCCAAAAGCCUGUGAAAACUUUCUUGCACUUUGUGCUAGUGACUAUUACAAUGGUUGUUUAUUCCAUAGAAAUAUUAAAGGAUUCAUAGUUCAAACAGGAGAUCCCACAGGUACAGGCAAAGGCGGUAAUUCAAUUUGGGGAAAGAAAUUUGAUGAUGAAUUUAGGGAAGAACUUAAACACAGCACAAGAGGAACAGUAAGCAUGGCCAAUAAUGGACCUAAUACAAAUGGUAGUCAAUUUUUCUUUACAUAUGGAGAACAACCUCAUUUGGAUCUCAAAUAUACUGUAUUUGGAAGGGUUAUUGAUGGUUUUGAAGCUCUUGAUGAUUUGGAGAAGUUAGCAGUGAAUCCCAAAACAUUUAAACCAAUAACAGAAGUCAGAAUAACAUCAGUCACAAUUCAUGCAAAUCCAUUAGCUGGUUAA